AUUUCUAAAUCCGGCUAUAUAAACCGCUUUUUAUUUAUUAGAAUACUCUAAAUCCCAUUGAAGCGAAAUGGUAGCAGCUCAACUUCUGACUUUAACGAUAACUGCAGCUUUGCUUUUGGGUUUCCAUUUGGCAAGGGCAGAGAGAAAAUGGGACUACGAACCGAUAUCGCUGACCACCACCUCAUCCGAUGACAGCAAACUUAAAAUUGAUGCCAAAAUAGUUCGAAUUGGCCGCGGAGAUUUCGGAUUAUCGGUUACUAUCGAGUGGAAAUAUGAUGCGAAUGAAGAAACUAUGGUGGAGGCCUAUGCCUAUCGCAGCAAUUCUGGCGACGAAAGUGACUACAAGCUGCUACCUUGGUCAAUUCCCAAGCAGAAAUUCUAUGAGUAUAUCGAUACCUACUACAAGGACAUGAUUAUAAAAAAUAUGGGCUAUUGCUCAAAUCUACCGAAAUUCGAGGGCAAGUUUCAACCUCCUUGGCCAAGGGACACGUACAAACUCGACAAGUGUAAGAUCGAUGGCGAGGGAUUGCCGGAUGUCGCUCCACCCGGAUACUACAAGAUUAUCUUUACUAAAUUUGGACCCGGACAGCCCACGUGGGGCUUUACGGCAGUCUUUAAACUGACAACUAAAAUGUUUUGAGCGGUUUUUCCCAAGCUCUGUUUCAGAAUGUCACAUAAAAUGAAUUCAAUUAAAGUA